UUUGUAAAAAUUAUGAACUUGGCUACUGCUCUUUAAUUCCCUCUGUCAUAGCAAUCUCAUAAGUCUCACUCCUCUCAUAUCCUGUGCUCCUGCAACUUAUUGUCGUACAUGAUCUUGGUUUCCUUUUUCUGUUAACCAUUUUUAAUAUGAGCCUAUAGUAAGGGCCAUACACUAGUUAAUUAACUUACCAACACACUGCAGUCUGCAGAAGAAAACUGGAACACUGUGGAAACUUAAUGCCACGGGGUGAAUGUCCAAACUUCAUGCAGGCAGGACCUAUCAUGUCUCUGGAGCUGAGACAGCAGCAUUAACUGUUGUGUAAUGGUGAAUUGUGUUGAAGUACACAGUAAAGUGGAUUUUGUGAGCUUGCAGUGGUAGUGUGAACCUGCUGUAAAUUUCAAAAUGUGUUCAGGAAUCUCUUUGAUAAGUCUGUGGCAAUUAAGAGCUGAUACUGAGUCAUUUGAAUGGAGAAAUGCUACAAUGUAAUUGAGUUAAAUGUUUUCCUACGGUUGUAAUUGGGGGAGGAGGUGUGGAAAUCAUUGAUGCAUCUAAUAAUUUUGAACGCUUGAGUGUCAAAGAUGUUCAAGAUCUUCAAAUUCUUCAAGUCUGACAAGUCUAAGGAUUAGCCAACUGUCAGGCUUUUCCCCUGAGUUGUUCAUGGGCAAAGGGUUCUGCACAGGUCCUUGUGGACUGGAAUGGCUUUGUUACAGCAACUCUGGAAAAGUUGGAUUGGAUCUGGAAAAGUUGGACUUGGAUCUGGAAAAAUUGCUUUCAAACUUAUUAGGGUCAGAGGAUUUUUGACUCAAACUUCCAGCUUUGCACCGUGCGCUGAACCCUUGCAUGUCUUGGAGAGUGUCCGGCUCAGAGGAAGAUCGGGGGCAAUUUCUUUUGUCUGUAUUUUCUGUGAGUUUGGGUCUAGUCAGGCCUUAAGGGUGCCAGUCUGGAGCAUUUCAACCUGUUAACUGUUUAAACCUGUAAACCAUUUCAACGGCAUUUGUGUAAGAGAAGGAGUCAGUUCCAGGUUGAUGACCUUUGAUCUGAAGUUGUCAAAGGUUGAUCUAAAAUGUAAAUUUUCUAUCUCAAAUCUGGUUAUUGCUGUGGAAGUUGAGCUAUGGCCCAUCGGUAAAAUUAAUCUGUAUUGCACCUUUUCAAUAAAAUAAUUCUAUGGUGCUUUAGGCAGAAGUCUUGGGAGUGAAGGUCAUAUUUUAAGAAGAAUAGAAGUGGAGGGAGUUGUGAAGGGAAUUCCUGAAAGUAGUUGGUGUGAAUCAUGAAAGAACAGUGAUGCAAAUAAAGCCAGAAUUUUCACAACAAAGUGAUUAAAAUUUGUUAUUUCUUAUUGUUUAAAUCUACUUUGAGUAUAUAUUUGGCUUCCAUGAUUUCAAUAUGUAUAUGUCUACUGAAGCAGAUUUUGUCUGAGACAUGUCACUGUAGUUGGACUGGAAAAACUGCAGAAAAGCCAAUGGAGAGAUUCCAAUUGAUCCUCAGUAAGAUCUCCAAACAGCAGUGAUCAUGUUCUAGUUUAUGUGUUCAAAGAAAACCUGUAUUUUCAGCAUUUUGUCUGAAGUUCAAUGAUAGUCAUAGUCAAAGAAUACUACAGCACAGAACUGGGCCAUUUAGCCCUUCUAGUCCAUGCUGAAUCAUUAAUCUGCCUAGUCUUAUCGACCUACACCCGGACCAUAGCCCUCCAUCUUGCUCCCAUCCGUGUUCCUAUCGAAAUUUCACUUCAAUGUUGAAAUCUACCCAGCAUGCACCACUUCACUGGUAGUUUGUUCACAUUCUCACUACCCUCUGAGUGAAGGAGAUACCCCUCAUGUUCCCCUUAAACAUUUCACCUUUCACCCUUAACUUGUGACAUCGAGUUCUAGUUUAACCGAACCUCAGUGGAAAAGCCUGCUUGUGUUUACUCUAUUCAUAUUUCUCAUAAUUUUGUAUACCUCUAUUAAAUCUCUCCUCAAUCUUCUAUGUUCUAAAGAAAAAAGCGCUAACCUAUUCAACCUUUCCCUAUAACUCAGGUCCUCAAGUCCUGGCAACACCCUUGUAAAUUUUCUCUGUACUCUUUCAACCUUAUUGACAUCUUUCCUCUGGGUAGGUGACCAAAAGUGCACACAGUAUUUCACAUCAGGCCUCACCAACAUUUUAUACAACUUCAAUAUAACAUCCCAUCUCCUGUUCUCAAUACUUGAAUUUAUGAAGCCCAAUGCACCGAAAGCCUUCUUUAUGACCCUAGCCACUCCUAAUGAAUUGUGGGCCUGUAAUCCCAGAUCUUUGUUCCACUACACUCUUCAGUGCCCUACCAUUCACUGUGUAACAUUUAUGUGGUUGGUCCUACUGAAGUGCAACACUUCUCACUUGUCUGCAUUAAAUUCCAUCUACCAAUUUUCAGCCCAUUUUUCCAGUUGGUCCAGAUCCCACUGCAAGCUCUGAUAUUCUUCCUCACUGUACUACACCCCCAAUCUUAGUGUCAUCUGCAAAUUUGCUAAUCUAGUUAACCAGAUUAUCACCCAGAUCAUUCAUAUAGAGGACAAACAACAACGGACCAGCACAUAUCCCUGCAAUGCUCCACUAGUCACAGGCCUCCAGUCAAAGAAGCAGCCAUCUAUUACUACUUUCUGGCUUCUCCCACAAAGCCAAUAUCUAAUCCAAUUUACUACCUCGUCUUGAAUGCCAAGCGACUGAACCUUGACUAACCUCCCAUGUGGGACCUUGUCUUAGGCCUUGCUAAAGUUGAUGUAGACAACAUACACUGCCUUGCCUUCAUCAACUCUCCUCGAAAAACUCAGAUUGGUUAGAUGUGACUUACGCACAAACCCUUGUUGACUAUCCCUGUCAGUCAUUGUUUAUCCAAAUAUUUGUAUAUCCGGUCCAUUAGAGUACCUUCCAGUACAGUUCUCACUACAGAUGUCGGCUUUUCUGGCCUAUAAUUUCCUGGCUUGUUCUUUGAGCCUUUCUUAAAGCAACAAUGUUGGUUAUCCUCUAAUCCUCCGGCACCUCACCUAUGGCUAAGGAAGUUUUAAAUAUCAGUGCUUCAGCAUUUGAAACCAUUAUAUAAACCAUAUGGUGAAUCUUAAUGCUUUAAAUAAAACUCUGUUAAAGGGAGCAAUCAAGAUUAGUUAAGAUUCAAGUUUCUUAUUAUAAUGCAUAUUUUGCUUUUUGUUAAAUCUGAAUGUAUUUGACUCCUGUCUGAAUUUAAUGUUAUACAUUAACAAUGUGCUAUUUUAAUUUUGGGUAGCUUAGAGAUCCCUCCACUUCCAUUCUUAAAACCUGACCUUCACUUCCUAGACUUUUGCCAGGAGCACUAUGGGAUUAUGUUAUUGAAAAGGCACAAUACAGAUUCACUUUACUGAGGGGCCAUGGUUCAACUAACUAAUGGAUAAUUACAGUAUUUGAGAUAGAAAAUUAAUGUUUCUAAUCAACCUUUCAGAACUUCAGAGCAAAGGUAAUCAAUAUGAAACUGAUUUAUUUAUUUCCCAUACAUACUUAUUCAUGUUGAUUCAAAGGGAGGGGAGGAGAAGAUGGCGGCGUGACGCAGUGCGUGCGGCCACUCCAAAAUGAUAUCAGUAUUUCUUAAGUAGAUACCAUGCACAAUCCUGAUUUGAUGGAGACAGACAUGAGAAGCAUGGAGGAACAUCUGGAGAAACUUCUGAAAUGCCUGCUUUGCUGCCGCUGCUACUGUACGAUUGAGAAUCUCCGGAGGGGAAGGCCCCAAAUCCUGGGCUUUGCCUAUUGCCUGUUGUCGGGGCCGGGGUCGAAGCGCUCGGCAGAAAUGGUGCUCGGUGUCGGAGGCUUGAAGUUUUUGGAUGGACUCAAGAGUUGGCUGUGGUCGGGUGCUUCCAGGGUGCUGCAUCAGCAAGUUUGCGGCACUGGAGGUUCAUGGCAGGGAGAGUUUUACUUCCUUCUACCGUCUGUGUGAAAUGAUGGGACUUUCGAGAGACUUUGAGACUUUUUUUUACCGUGCCCAUGGUCUGUUCUUUAUCAAAUUACGGUAUUGCUUUGCACUGUUGUAACUAUAUGUUAUAAUUAUGUGGUUUUUGUCAGUUUUUCAAUCUUGGUUUGUCUUGUGUUUCUGUGAUAUACUGGAGGAACAUUGUAUCAUUUCUUAAUGCAUGCAUUACUAAAUGACAAUAAAAGAGGACUGCGUGUCCUCAUAAUCUAAUCUAAUCUAAUAGGGCAUAAUUAUUGAAUUGUCUUUGGUGCACUAAUUCUUCAGGCCUUUAUGCUGCUGGUGAGUAUGCGUAUUUGAUCCUCCACGAUAUUCCGCGUGGGAAUUUAAACUGGAGGUGGCAGUGUUUUUUUUUACAAGGUCAAGUUGUGAGCUUGACAUCAACCCGGCACGGAUGGAGAGUGCGCUCGGGAGCGGUCUGUCACUGGAUUGAACUCGGGAACCUCUGUUCUCGAGCCCGGCGCUAAUCUCACAGUGCCAGCCGACCUGUUAGUCAAAGGCUACUGAGCUUUAACAAAAUGCAGGAGAGAAAAUCCAUUUCUAUCCAAAAAUAACUACUGCAGCUAGAAGAUCUGGUGAGAGGAAAUUGUUUUUCUCAUUAAUGGUGCAAUACCAGUACUGAAAAAUAAAUCCAAAACGGGUUCACUAAGUUAAUUCCUGAAUUAAGAGGGUUUUCUUAUGAGUGGCUAAAGAAGUUGGAUGUAUAUUUUUUGGAGUUUGAAAGAAUGGAGAUGGGGAAGUGAUCUUAUUGGAAAAAUAGAGGGCAUGACAUUAGUUAAUGGUUUCACUAGUGGGAGAAUCCCUAGCGAGGGGACGUGGUUACAAGAUUAGUGGGCAGUCAUUUAAAGCUGAGGUGUGAGGAUCUUCUCAGGAUGGCGAAUUUCCAGAAUUCUCUACCCCAGAGGGUUGUAGGGGUUAGAGUUUUGGGCAUAUUUAAAGAGGAAGUAAAUACAUGUAUGAAGGAUAAAGGAAUUGAUGGCUGUGAUGAACUGGCAGGGAAGGUGGGAGUUAGACAGGGCAAUACAGCACCAAAGUGGAAAUAAAACUAAAAAGGAAUUCCACAGAAUUGUAAACCUGAGGAAGGAUGGUGGUGAAAAGGAAGCUGCCCAAAAGAUUUUGAUUUCAAUAAAGCCAAUAUAGGGAAGAAGGAGUACAUGUAUUUUUUUCUUUCUGUAGCUCAGAAGAACUGAGACAUCCCUUACUAAGCCAAAAUAGAUAAAAGUAGAAAAUAUAGUGAUAUCCAGAAUGGUUAAAACAUGAGAAAGUUUUUGACAAGAACAGGUCAUUUGGCCCAACAAAGUUUGCCCAAUUCCCAUUCACAUGGUGUGUUGAAAUAGCUAUUGAGUUUAGAUUUGAAAGUCUCUUAAGGGACUACUCUCAACUACACAAUUAGGGAGUUUGUUCCAUUUGUCCACAGCUUGCUGUGUAAAGAAAUGCUUCCUAAUGUUGGUCUGAAAUCUCCCCUUAACCAGUCUCCACCUAUGGCCCCGUGUACCCUGAUGAUGGAUUAAUUUUGAAGUAGCAGCUGGCAUCCACUUACUUAUACCCGUAAUGAUUUUGAACACGUCUAUCAGGUCUCCCCUCAUUCUAGUCUACCUUGGCUAAAAUGAUUUAAUUCUUUCAAUCUUUCUUCAAGCUCACACCCUGCAGACCUGGAAUGAGCCGAGUCGCCUUUCUCUGGACUUUCUCCAUUGCCUUCACAUAUGGUAUUCAAGGUUACACGACUUACACAUCAAGGCAUUCUCCUUAAGUGCAUUAUAUAGCCCAACAGUCUAUUAGCCUUCUUAAUCGCUUCUGUGCAAUGUCUAAAUGUUGACAGUGAUGAGUCUAGCAGGACGCUCAAAUCCUUCUCAUGCGGUGCACUUUCUAACGCAAGAUCAUUGUCUAUUUAUAUCCAAUAUUUCUCCUUCUACGUAAUAACUUUACUUACAUUAAAUUUUAUCUUGCUUUUAUCUGCUUGUGUCUGGAUUUUGUGUAGAUCUAAUUGAUUCUGCUGCCUGAAUGUUAUUUGUGUCAUCAACAAAUUUUACUAGUUUAUUUGUUAUCUGUUUAUCCAAAUCGUAAUUAAAAACAGCAGUGGGCCCAAAUCCAUUCCCUGCAGAACCCCACUUUUAGGAUCUUCUAAAAGUACUUCAAGAGGAUGAUAGUGGCAUGGAUUAACUCCAGACUCUCAGACAACCUCUAUUCACUGCAAUUUGUCUGCCAAUGAAAAAGGAUUAUGAUAGUCAUCACCUCCCUGGCCGUAAACAUCUAUGGAGCAUUUGGACAAUAAAGGCACUUGCAGUAGAUUAUUGUUUUUAAUACAGUUCAUGGACUUGUAAGAGGACUUGAAUGAAUAUGCUAUGAUUGUCCUGGACUUGAUAAAGAGUCAUGGCAGUGUGUCUCCACAAAAUCAUUCAAAGUCUUCCCCAAUCAGAGUACUCAAGAACUGUGCUAAUCAACUGGCUGGAGUGUUUAUGGACAAAUUCAAUCUCUUGCUUCAGCAAUCUAUGGUACCCACUUGCUUCAAGCAAGUUUCAGUCAUGCCAGUGCUCAAGAAGAAUGUAGCAACUUGCCUCGAUGACUAUUGCUAGUAGCAUUUACAUCCACUAUGAUGAAGUGCUUUGAGAGGUUGGUCAUAAAAAUAUUUCCCUGAGAAGCGAACUGGAUCUGGUGCAAUCACAACAAAUCAUUUGCCAUUUUAUUGGGCCUUCACUCUGCUCUAGAAUACCUGGAUAAUGAAGAUGCUUACAUCAGGAUGCUCUUCAUUGACUACAUUCAUUGCCUCCCACUCAUCAUGAAGCUCCAAGAUUUGAUCCUCUAUGUCCUGUGCAACUGUAUCAUUGAUUUCCUCACUGGCAGACUUCAGUCAGUACAGGCAAAACCCUCUCCACCACUGAGCAUAUUUAAAUGGAGUGCUGUCAAAAGAAAGCAGCAUCCAUUAUCAGAGCCCCCCACCAUCUAGUCUAGACAAUGCACUCCUCUCACUACCACCACCAGUUAUUACCCUACAAUCAGCAAGGAUAACUUCACUCACCAUGACUCUGAACUUACUCUGUAAACUGACUUUGAAGGAUUCUUAGCCCAGGUUCUCUAUAUUUCUAUUUGCACCAUUUUCCUUUCACACAUACAGUAGCUUGUUUUGUUAGAGUCCAUGUAUAUAUUUUUUGUAAAUUCUAUUGUAUUUCUUUACAGAGAAAUACAAGACCUGUAAAUAAAUUUACUUAGGACUAGAUGCACCACAGAUUAGUAUGGUAACUGUUCUGCCCAUGACCUCUAGAAACAGCACAGAAUUGUGGACACAGAUUGGCACAGGUCAGAAACCAGCCUCCCCUCCAUAGUCCCUGGCUGCACUUCUCACUGCCUUGGUAAACAACAAUCAUAGUCAAAGGCUCCACCCGCCACAAAUAUCCUGUUCUCACCCACCCAUUGUGCAGAAAUAAUAAAAUCUAUCACCAUUCAGGUCAGCUUUUAUCCCGAUAUUUUAAGAUACUUCCCUAAUAUAAGAAGAAAGACUCUUGCCUAGCCCAGUCUACCUCAUUAAGACCUUGCACUUUGUUAUCUACCUGCACUGCACUUCCUCUGUAACUAACACUUUAUUCUGCACUGUUAUGUAAUAGCUUCUGCUGUAGUUAUGCACUGUCUUAAUAAAUUGAUCUGUAUGAAUGGUAUGCAGAGCAAGUUCUCCAACUGUAUCUUGAUAGGUGAAAAUACUACAUCAAUUUACUAACAUGACUUCCUGACUGGUUAAACUACGUGUGAUUUGAGUUUUUUUUUGAGAAUUAUUUGGAUCAUUUUGAUUUUCAACAACUCUUAAAGAUAGUUUGACAUCUUUUGAAGUAAUUACAAUGUGUACAUUAACUUGAUAUUGUAAUAAACCAUUAUCAAAAAGUAGUAUUAUUUAGGGUCUCAUUUCAUGAAAAUCCCAGAUAAUUAAAAUGUGUAGUCUGAAUGAUUUCAAAUCGUCAUGUUUGUCACAUAACAUUUCCAUUAUUUUUCGUUGAACAUUACAAAAGAUCUAAUGUAUGCAAAAUAAAGACAACUGUUGAGUAUUUAUACUUACAAGAGCAGUACUUUAGGCGGCAGUAUCUGUGGUUUAUGAUCGAGAAAAAUAAUCUCAGUGUUUUAUAUCGUGACAUAUGUAUAUAUACUUUGAUAAUAAAUUUACUUAGAACUUUGAGUCACAGGCAGCCUUAUUUGAAUAAGGAGCUAUGAAUAUAAAUGUAUAAAAAGGAAAGAAUCUCCCCGGAAAGUGCUUGUAAUGAUUUAUUCAACAGGGGUCACGCGUAAAUUAAAAAACGCAUGAAACCCAUUCCCUCUCCGCGCCCGGUGAUCGAGUCGCAGGGCACCCAGGCAAUGAACAUUCUGGUCUCUGGUACAGUACCGGAGACCUUGAGCUGGCUCUAGGUGGGGAGGGAAGAAGCGUGCCUGCGAUUGGCUGGUGCGCGGGCAGCGCAGCCAUUGGUUACGUCGCGACCCCUCCCCCACCCCGACGACGCAGUCACGCGCUUUCCAGGAACCCGUCAGGAAGAUAUCAACAAAACAAACGCGCGCCUGGCUGUCCCCUGAACGCUCUGGUCACAUCUGGCCUGACAACACGCCCUGCGUCUUCAGAGGCUUGAGAGUUUAAAAAAAUUAUCCUGGGAGAGACUUCAUGAUAGUGAAUUUUGUGUACUAAAGUUGACACGUUUAUUCAUCACUUCAACUAUUUAGUAAAACUGGAAGCGACUCGAUCAAAACAACAGGAAAAAAUUCUCUUGGAUAAAGCAGAUGUGGGCGUGGGAAUGCCGCAGCCCAAUGUUAGUGGAAUGGAUCCUCCAUUUGGGGAUGCCUUUCGUAGCCGCACAUUUUCAGAUCAGGCCUUAACCAGCACGGAUUUGUUGGGGAAUAACUCUGAUCCUGAUUUCAUAUAUGAACUGGAUAGAGAAAUGACUUGCACUCACAACUCCAGAGAUGAUUCUGUUACUUUGGAAGAGUGUAAAGAUUUGGACAUUUUAGAUCCUCUAAACGAGCUACUAGAUUCAGAUCCUUCCUAUACUUCAAACUGGGAACAAUGGGACGCAUGCUGGGAAGAUUUAACAAAGUAUACAAAAUUAACCAGCUAUGAUAUUUGGGGAACCAAGGAAGUGGAUUUUCUUGGGUUAGAUGAUUUUUCCAGUCCUUACCAAAAUGAAGAAGUCAUCAGCAGAACUCCUACGUUGGCCCAGCUAAAUUGUGAAGAUUCGCAACCUGUUUUAGAUUCAUUGUAUCAUCCUGAUUUACUAAAAAGUUUAAAUCAGAAUUCAUUAACCUCUUCUCUGGCUGGUAAAAAACUUGCAGCAAGUAGGGCAACGCCUCCAGUGUCAUCUGCUAGAAGUCCCUGUAUAGAUGCCUGCUUGCCUGAAACAACUCAAAAAAUAGCCAGAUCUAUUUCUUCAAGUGCAUCCGUGGACAACAGCAACAAACUACAGACACUUAACAACAAAACAGGUUCAGUUCAUGUGGAUAACAAAGACUUUGUAAAGAAAGCUAAAGUCUGGAUUAAUCCAAUUUCAAUUGGUAAAUCAACCUUGGGUGUGACGCAAGUUACGCACAGCAACAUACCAGACAAUUCCUGUUGUGGUGAUAUUGGAGCAGUACCCAAAAAAGUGGAAAAAAAUGCAGAAAGUUUACACUGUAAUAAAAUGCCCACCAUAUUCAAAGAAAACAAUGACCUGUUUACUCCAACUGAAACAGUUGAAAUAUUGUCACAACCUGUUCCUGAUCACACCCAGAAAAAGGAAGAGCAUAAUUAUUCUUUGUUUGUUUCUGAUGGUGUGAAUGAACAGUCUCCUUGUAUUGAACAGGAGGCAGAAGAUGACGAUGAGGAUGAAGAAGAUGACGAAGACCACGAUGAAGGAUUUGGUAGUGAACAUGAGUAUAGUGAUAAUGAGGAAGAUGAAGAUGAUGAAGAGGAGGAAGACAAGGAUGAUGACGUCAGUGAUACCUUCUCUGAACCAGGAUAUGAAAAUGAUGUGGCUGAUGAUGUGAAAGACACAUUAACUGGCAUUUCCAGAAAAAGGAGUAAAAGAAGAUACUUCUGGGAGUACAGUGAACAACAGAUACCACCACCUAAACAAGAUCGAAUGUUAAAGCCUUCCGAAUGGGAUAGAGAUACAUUGCCCAGUAAUAUGUAUCAGAAAAAUGGUUUACAACAUGGAAAAUAUUUAGUGAAGAAAUCUCGCAGAACUGAUGUUGAAGAUUUGACUCCAAAUCCAAGAAAAUUGCUACAGAUUGGAAAUGAGCUUAGAAAAUUAAACAAGGUGAUUAGUGAUCUGACACCUGUAAGUGAACUACCAUUAACUGCCAGACCAAGAUCCAGAAAAGAGAAGAAUAAACUGGCAUCCAGGGCUUGUCGUCUAAAGAAAAAGGCUCAAUAUGAAGCUAAUAAAGUAAAGCUGUGGGGUCUCAACACAGAAUAUGAUCAUCUGCUUUAUGUAAUUAACUCAAUCAAACAGGAAAUUGUAAGUCGAGUACAGAGUCAGGGCGAAAAGGAAAGCACCGGCAUGCUAGAAAAGCUUGAAAAUCUCUUAAAUAAAACACUUGGGACAAAGGUAGCUGGACAAACAUCUGACUUUGUCAACCAAGUGUUGGAAAAGACAGGAGAAGGGGACCCCACAGGUGGUCUUGAAGGUCUUCGAGUCCCUACGUCAAAAGUAUAAUGUGCCAUCUUCUGCGAAAAUCAGCUUCCGCCUAUAAUUACAUGUCUGCCAUUUCUGUGAUAAAUGUUUGAUUCAUUAUAAAAAGUGACAGUUUGUUAGUUAUGUUAGGUCUGUUUUAAAACGAGAGAAGAAAACUCGUGUUGAUACAGAGUUCUGGGAAAAAAGAAUGCUAUUAUAGAUAGGGUUAUAUGUGCUCAGGUACUAGAAGGUAAAUUUUACUUACCUACUUUGAUGUGUUCUAAUAUGUUGGUUGAAGCUUAUGUUAAGUUUCAUGAGAAACAUUGAUGCAGUGGUUGAAUCGAGAAAACAACAAAUUAUUUGUAGUUCCUUUUAGCAUUAACAGCUGUUGCUGAUUAUUUUUCCAUUAACACCAUUGCUAUACUACUUGUAGAUAUUUCUGUAUUAAGUAUGUAUGUGUUAAAUAGUUCAUAGAGUAAAUUACAUGGCCUUUUCAGACAUUGCAUAAGUAUUUAAGUUUCAGAAAGGAGUAAUAUUCUUUGUGCCUUGUAUUUAAAAUGAAAGAAAAGAUAUAAGGUAAUGGAUGUAUAGUGGGUAAAUUUUAUGGAUUUAAAAAGUAUUUGUUUAUUUUCACUCUUUGGCUGUUUAAACCAUUAUGAAUGUAUAUAGGGAUAUUUCAACGAUAUAGAUAUAUGCCACAGAGUCUGUAUUGUAUAAAGAUGGUUAUUGAAACAAGGGUUUCGGUACUUUUCAGAAAUAUUUGCACACUAUUUUGUACCAAAGACAAAUGCAAUUAUUUGGCUUAAUGCCAGUGAAGUAAAGUUUUGCACAGCUUACAUUGAUACAAAAUUGAAUGUAAUCAGGGUGGGGUUAGGGUUUUACGAGAACUGUGAAAUAUGUUGUGUGGGUCCAAAUAUCCACAGAAAGAGGAUGCAAGUACACUUUAUAAGAUUUUGAUCCUAUAAGCUUCUAGAAAAUCAGAUACUGAGAGUUUAUGGGCUCAUAUCUUCCUGCAGAUGUAGAUACAUAAGAAUGUAGAAAUAAUUUAUAAGUAGUUUUGCGUUAACAUUUCAGUGUAAUGUAAUGGCUUGCAGUUGUUACAUUAAAAGAAAAAAAAGCAUGUAUGUGAUACACUCUUGCAACAAAGGCAAAUAACCAAAAUUUAAUUUUAUCUAUUUGUAAAAUUGUAUAAAUGUAUAUUGCCUAUCUAUACUAAAAUCCUUUAGUUGCCACCUUUUGCAUUUAAUGUAGUAAUGUGCAUGUCAGAUUUCUAAAUGUUACUUGAUAGGAUGUAAAAAGUACUUCUAAAGCUAUAUAUUUUUGUAUUUUCAAUUAGGUAACCAAAAUAGAUAUUGUUUAAGGUAAAAAUACGAAUACUGUUGAUCUUAUUUGGUCAUUGCUGUAGCUUUUCAGUUAGAAUAUUACAAAAAGUCCAAUUUUGGUUUCAGCUUUUAUUUUGUAUAGGCAUUAGUUGUAACUGGAUUGAAAGGUUAUGUCACUUUGGUAGAUCAUAGGUCCAAAAAGAGCCUUCACAGUUAUUGACUUCAUUAAUUGUGAAGUGUUGAUAGCUGAGAGCUAUUAUCAGAUUUCAGUUUAGUGUUAACAUUCAUACUGUGUACUACAGAAGUGCAGUUGAUUUUGAUUCUCAGUGUAUCUCUGUAAAUAAAGGUAGCUUGUUCAUUGAUGAUAUUUUACUUCAUGGAUAUUAGAAUCGCACUUUGUCACCAUUGCAUUUGUAUUCCUGCCAUUUGCUGCUACUUCUGACCUAUAAGAAUGCUACAUUGAUACUUGAUUUAUACCUGUUAGUAAAAUGUAUAGUUAUGCUUGGGCAACAAGAUGAAAGCAAGCUGUGCAGCUUUACAUUUUACCAGGGGACUCUGUGGCACCAAACAGUCUAGAAAUGGGUGUAAUUUGAUGCCAGUAAUAUCUUGCUUCCUUUUUCAUUAAAUAUUUUAAUGUAUGCUAAUAUAUAAAAAUAACCUUAUAAAAGGAGAAAUGUAUAAUGUUCUAUUUGGAAAUUUUGAUAUAUUGAGCAUGCUCAGUGUUCUUAGAAUGAUUGGUUUAUCCUUGUUUUAAGUUUUGGAACAACAGAUCUGUGAAACUAUCUCCAGUUGGAAUGCCCCCAGUAGAACUGAAUAGCAUUUUUAAUAUGUUUAAAUUUAUUUAGUUCUAUUUUCAGACCUUAUAUAUUUUCAAUAUUCAUUUUUUCUCGCACAAUUGCAAUAGUUUUACAUUGCAGAACUGAGCUUGACUCAGUCAACCAAAACCAGCAGUUUGGAUAAAUCAAAAUGAUAACUUCUAUUCCUUUAAUAUUUUAGUACUGUACACUGGAAAAUAAAGUCAGAUUUUUUAAAUAUGUAGAAAGAGCUGUGUGUUCUAAAUUUCACACAAAAAAGUAAAAUGUUGGCAGCAAAGUCAGUUGAAAGAUAAAGAAAUUACUAGAAAUUGUUAAGAAAUAGAAGCAGGAGUAGGUUGUUCAGCCCUUUAUGCCUGUUCUGCUCUUUUACCUCAGUGCCAUAUUCCUGCACUAACCCAAAAUCCUGUGAUGCCCUUAGUAACCAAAAAUCUAUUUAUUUCUGACUUGAAUAUACACAGCCUCUGCCACCCUUUGAGGUAGAGAACUCCAAAGAUUCAUUAUCCUCUGGAUAAACGAGUUUUCUUUAUUUCAAUCUUAAAUGGCUGACCUCUUUGCAUCUGUGACCCCUGCUUCUAGACAUUUCAGCCACGGGAAACAAUUUCCUGAUAAAACCUGAAGAAAUUUCUGUGUUUCUGUGAGUUCACCUCUCAUUCUUCUGAAUAUGAGAAUAUGGGCCCAGUCUAUUGUAAGUAUAUACAUAUUUAAGGAGACCAGACUUGCACAAUAUUAUAGGUGCAUUUUCACCCAGGCCACACAUAAUUAGAUUGAAGCAUUUACCCUAUACACAAGUUCUUCUAUGAUAAAUGCUGACUACUCUUUGCCUUCCUAGUUUCAUGCUGCAUUUAAAUAUUAGCUUGCAGUUAUUUGUGUACUAGGACACCUAAGUCCCUUUGAACACUAUUUCUAUAAAUCUCUCUCAGAAGUAUUCUGCCUUUCUAUUUUCUCUACCAAAGCGAAUAACUUUUUUUUACAGUUCUCAUUCCAUUUGCCGGACACUUUCCCAUUUUAGCAUGUGCAUAUCUUAUUGAGAGCCUUUACAACCUACACUGCCACCACAGUUUGAAUCAUUGGCAAACUUGAACAAAUGACACCCAGUCCUCAUCCAGUUUUUCAAUGUAUAUUGUAAAAAGGUGGGGCAUCAGCACUGUUCCUUCCAACAUCCCACUGGUCAUAGCCUCCUAGCCUGAAAGUACCUUAUUUAUUCCUGCCCUAUUUCUCUUAAAAACAAUCCUCAAACCCAAGUAAUUUAAUUUUGUUUAAUACCCUCCAUAUAGCAUCUUGUCACAAUCCUGAAAGUCCAACUAGAUCAUAUCACUGCUUUCCCUUACCCAAUACAUUACAGCUUUACAAAAAGUCAACAGAUUUGUCAAAUAUGAUUUCCCUUUACACCUUCACAAAAUGGGUCCUCAAAUGCAAACUAUUGCCUUGGAUAACUUUUUGACUGUGUUUAUAGCACAGUGUUGGAAAUUUCCUGUGAUAGUUGAUACUGAAUAAGAUUAAAGGUAAUAACUGCCAGUAUGACUCCACUGGUAAACAGUGUUUCUUCAUUAAAUUAGUUGGGUAGUUAGAUUAUCUGCACCUUGAAGAUGUAUUCCCUGUUUGAUUACGUCGUGCUACAAGUUAAUGCUUUUCAAAAUGUCACAAUGAAUGGUACAUUUUAUUACCAAUGAUAAUAUUACUUCGCCAUAUUUAGAUUUUACUGAAUUUCCUAUCUCUAUUAUAAAUUUGAAGUUGAUAAGACCCAUAGAAUGCAACAUUCUUAGAAUGAGUUUUUUGAAUGUACAGAGAUUUUAUUUGCACAAUGUUAAGUGAUUAAUUGGAUCAUUCCUCUGAAUCAGUUACAUUUCUGGUUUUCCUUCUGAAAGAACAUAUCUUUUUAAAGGCAUUCUCACCCAAUUGAUUUUAUUAAAAUAUUCUAACAACUUAUAUAGUCAUUUUAAGAAAAUCUCUUCCCAAAUGUAAACAUUUUGCCAGAUGUACAGGUUUGUUAAAUAUUACUGACAUGGUUGUGGCAACUUUCUAUAUACCAUUUAAAUUGAAGCUGUUCCAUGAAUUCACCAAACAACUAUACUCUUGCUCAAAGUUGACAGGUCUGUUGUUUCCAAUAUAAAAUUACCUACUUUAAGAGAAAAAUGUGUUUGAUACACAAUAUAUAUUUAAUAGUGGCACAAUAGAUUAUACGUAAGUUUUAAAUCCUGAACAUCUAUGCAGUUGUCUUCCAUCCAUGUGUUAAGUGAAAUAAGUGUUCACUUUGCAAGGCAUUUUAAACUUCUGUCAGCUUUUUAAAAAUUCUAUUAUUCACCUUGAGUAAAGAAAAUUAAAAUGAACUGCUGGCUGAUUUACUACUGUCAUUUUCUUUUGUUUCAUUCCUACCCUUUCCAUUUCUGUAGCACCAUUAUCUGGUGUCAUAUUGAAAGUGGAUAAAGGAUGUGGAAAGUGGCAUUAUUGUUAAUAAGUUAGAAUUAUUUAUAAUGCCAUUACUUAUACCAAAUUUAUACUGAAGCAUAAUUUUAUUCAUUGUACAUUCGGACAUCCAUGGGACCCUAUGUUUAAGAAUAAAUAUGUGUAAAGUUAUGUAGAUCUUUAUUGCUAUUAUGUACUGAAGAAAGAUGGCAACAAAUUAUUUGUAAAGUGCUUAUUGCCUUUUUAAGAGAAUAAUUUCAGGGGGAUAUUUGAAUUUGAUUGUUACUGCUGUUGUAUCCUGCCACAACAAAAUCUGUCUAUAUUGCACUUGGAAUUUACAUCGAUUUAAAUAAGUGAAAUGUACAGUAUAAUAUGUACAUAAGUAUUUUUUGCAUUUGAGAGACUCUGUUUAAUUAGGCCUGUUUGGUACCAGCAUUGUGUGUAAGAAAGUUAUGACACCAGUCACUUCACUAAGUAUCUAUUUCAUAUCCUAAUGAAAUUAAAGCACUUUUAUUACAUUCAUAAUAUUUUAGUGGAAGAGAGACUAACCUAGGCCAACAGUUUUGAAGAUACAGUAUUAUUCAAAGUACUGUACAUAUUGAAGAUAUAGUACUAAAUACUUUGUGACAUUGGAACACUAAUAUUUCCUCCAAAAAAUUAUUUAAGUAAUGUCAUAUCCUUAUUCAAUUUAGAAGUUAAUCAUUUUUAUAUUAUUUUGCUAAUUACGUUUUUUAAAUUUUCAUGAGAAACAGUCCAAAAUCACUUCUGCUUUUUCAUUCCAGUUAACAUUUUUCUUAUUGUUUGCUUAGAACAAUACCAAAGCUAGAUUUCUCCAUCCUCUUCAUGCAUAUUAAUUCUGUUACUAUUAUAAUAUAUGCCCUUGUUCCUGUCAAGCAAUCCAGAGUUCCCUUCAGUUCAUUGUUCAACUGAGCAUUAACCAUGAAAGCACAAUAUAGAGAUAUCUCAAGUGACGUGGUCAAGACUUCCAAUUAUAUCAGUUUUUAAUUUGAAUAAUCUUUGUAACUGAUCACUAUUUUAAAAUAAUUAUUCAAGGCCACAAUUAGUCACAUGGAAAUGUUAAUACAACAGAAAAAUUCUUUAAUAAAUUGGUUAUGAUAGUGUGUAAAUUGUGUAGCUUGAGUGGGACUGAUGCUGGUACACAGCAGAGCCUUGUAUUACAAUUAAUUUUGUACUCAUUAAAACCGUGGUUAACGGUCAUGUGUUUAUAGGUGUACUGUGCCAUGAAAUGGUAGAACAAGGAUUUAAGUUUAUUUUCUCCAUAUACUAAUGGCCAGUCUUGUACAAGUGGAUAAUGACACCAGUCAGAAGUCAGGGACUUUACCCACAAGAGGGAAAAUUGGAGGACAACUCACUGUGAGUUUUGAUUAUUUAGCUAGCUCAAGAAUUACAUAGGCAGACUCCUAAAAAUGGGCAAAUUGUUAGCAUUUUUUGACUAGGAGACAUAAAAGGGAGUUUUUUUUUAAGUUGGCAACUAGUUACCAAUGAUACUAUAUAUGUUUGCCUGUCAGUUUGGAGGCAUUUUGUUUAAACCUCUGUGUAGGUUUGUUAGUGUAGGGAUUUUAAUUCUUAUACAGUUGCUGACUGUACAGAAAAUGGUGGAACAUAUUUUAAUGAACAAGGUUGUGUUGUGUUUCGGUGAUUGUACCCCAUUAACAAUUUUCUUAAUUGCUUUGUAUCAGCCAGGUGUUGGUACUAUAGCUACUUGUAAUCACAGUCUGAAUUUCAUAUUGUUUUGCAGAGAUUAUAAUAAAGCGACUAAA